AUGUCUCGAACUUCCGGCGAGUCUUCCGGAUCUGGGAAAGAUACCCAAGAUCAUACUCCAAUCCCAUCCGGCAUGUCAACGCCAACGAGUCCGACAGAUACGCGGCAUCCGCUAUCGAGAUACGAAUCUAUUUCAGAACAGCAUGAUGGACAGGCGGAAAGCUUCCAGUCAACGGACACGAUACGACGGAGACCAGACAAUACGGGAGGAUAUGGAACUAUGCAAUCGACUCCUCAAACACCACAACCUGGCGACCACAGAAAUAGUGAGUCUUCCAUGGCCGGCGAGCGAGCUCAGCCUGUCAGUUUAGAAUCCUCGCGAUCAUUCCUGCCGGCUAGAUCGCCCAUGCUGGGACCAUCUGACCGCGGUCGAACAGGUCAGCGACCAAAGAAACCGCCCAUGGCACGCCGAGCUUCGUCAAACGCACAAGCGCCUCAUAGAGGGCAAGAAUUUUCGGUAGAUGAUGACGUAACUGAGAUGGAGGCAGAAAUGAAUAGGCAUCAAGCAGGGCUUGGGAUUGGAGGUGCCACAUCUGGUUUUGGGCCUUCGAGGCAUGCUCCUGGAACUGUUCGGCGGCGGCCUGCUCCAACUCAGCCAACCUUGCCAAGAUUAGAUUCUUCUCACGAGGAAGAGGCGGAGGCGGAGGCCGAAGCUGAAGCAGAGGUCCCCGCGAGUGCUGAAAGGACAAAGGAUGAUCAAAUGGCUAUAUCGGGUGAAGGGACUCUCCAAGGAGAAGAUGGUAUCGCAGAGGUCGACGAGGAAGACGAAGAUUCUUUAAGUGAUGCGGAGAGUUUUACACUGAAGGAUCGUCAAGAAGCAAUAAACGAAACUCAUCCUUUCGGUAUUAGGAUCUGGAAGCCUGCGUUAUAUAAAAAGAAUCGCUCAGUUCAAAAGACGGCUGAGGGCGACAUACAUUCAUUUCCUGGUGGUCGUGUCAACAAAUGGCUCAUCUUCUUCAACAUCAUCUGGACACUUGUAUUCGGCUGGUGGCUGGGACUUGCAGCUUUAGCUGGAGCACUUGUAUGCUUCAUCUUCGGAGCAGCACCGAGUGCCAUUGAAUAUGGGCGCGUGCUUUUAGGUCUGGCUGGAUAUGUUCUGUAUCCCUUUGGAAAAUUCGUUCGACUCGAGCAAGACGAAGCUUAUGCCCAUGAAGAUGAAGGAGAAGGCCGUACCAUCACCGAAUAUGAGCAAUGGCAAAGUGGAGAUAUUGAGGACGGGAGACUGUUCUUUGGACCUCAUCACACUCGAUCGAUUGUGGGCCGGUCAAGAAGAAGCAUUGACUCAUUUGGUAGCGAGACUGAUAGUUUACUUGGUCGUUCAAGACGCGGUACUCAACGAGAAGGUUCAGCACGCCCUACUAACAAAAGAAGACUCUUUGGAAGGGGUCAAUGGAAUACUGGACGUGUCAUCUUCUUCCUGUUCUUUUAUGGACUUAUCACACCUUUACUUUUUGUCGCCUCUGGCAUAUGUUGGUUCCUCGUCUUUUGGAUUCCCAUGGGUAAAGUUACAAUGCUGCUAUUUGACCACCUCCGACGACAUCCUUUAGCUUUAUCUUUCCAAUCCGAUUCGGCAUACUCUCGUGGAUCUAUUCCAAACUCUUCGAUUCUCGUUUGCACGUACCGCGCUGUAGGGAGCAAGUACUGGAAAUACACAGUGGACGGCACGAACAUCUUCUUGAUCAACCUCAUGGCUGUCGUUCUAUUUGUCAUCUUUGACUAUUGGAUUCUUCUAGAAGUGCUUGAUUUGAAUAUCACCAUCACCCACCCGGCAUUUUUGUUCAUCAUGGCCCUCUUCUCCAUUAUUCCUCUGGCCUACUUCAUAGGACAAGCUGUAGCCUCGAUAUCGGCUCAAUCGUCCAUGGGACUUGGCGCUGCAAUUAACGCAUUCUUCUCUACUUUGGUAGAGGUCUUUCUCUAUUGCAUCGCUUUAAACCAAGGUAAGGGGCAACUUGUUGAGGGGAGUAUCAUCGGAAGUAUUUUCGCCGGUAUAUUGUUCUUGCCUGGGUUGUCCAUGUGUUUUGGUGCCAUCAAGCGGAAGACUCAACGUUUCAACGUCAAGUCUGCUGGUGUGACUUCGACGAUGCUGCUUUUCGCUGUUCUUGCUGCAUUCGGUCCCACCCUGUUCUAUCAAAUAUAUGGAACUCAUGAACUCAAUUGCCUCUCUUGCACCGACACAUACGAUUCAUCGAGUCGCGAUUGCCGUCGCUGCUACUUCUCACAGACUCCGGCCUUGAAUGACAGAUUUUACCUCGAGGCUGUCCGACCAUAUUGCUGGUUUGCUGCCGUCCUCCUAUUUCUCUCGUAUGUCAUUGGGCUAUGGUUUACACUUCGAACUCACGCAGCAGUAAUAUGGAAUAAUGAAGCAGAAGAGAAGCAAAAGCCGGAACCUAACGGCACUGGCCCACAACAAGCUCCAGGUGGAGCUUCACAGACCCGCGCGCAACGACAUGCUCAGACUGCUUCUGAAAUUCGUGGAUCUGAAAUUCGUAACUCUCAACUUUACAAGCGCAUUCUUGGUCAGUCCUUGAAGCAAGCCGGCUUGAGCCCCAAGGACGUGAGUCGACAGGAGUUUCCUGAAGACGUUAAUCUCAACGGUUCAGUACAAACACCUCAUUUGGUACCACCCAAGAGUGCUGCGGGAGAUAGUACAAGAUCUGAAAUUCAGAUACCGGGAUUUUCGGAUGCUCAAAAUACCACAUUUAUUCGGGAAGUAGCCGAAAUGGCAGCCACUGCUGCUACCAUUGCGGCUCGAGAUGCAGCCCGACCACCUCAUCGAAGGAUAUCUACUCAUGCACACAAACUUCCUCCUUUGAGAACAACUGCUGUACGUACGGAACCUGAAGAGGCUGUUAAUGCGGAAGCUCAUGCCACAAGUGGCGGUCAUGAUGCGCCAAAUUGGAGCCGAAUGAAGAGUGCGGUAAUUCUGUGUGGUGCCACUAUUCUUUACGCCCUUAUUGCAGAAAUUUUGGUCAACACCGUCGACGUAGUCCUUUCAAAUGUAGCCAUUGACGAAAAGUUCCUCGGUAUCACAUUAUUCGCACUUGUUCCGAAUACCACCGAGUUUCUUAACGCCAUUUCAUUCGCCAUGAAUGGCAACAUCGCAUUGUCUAUGGAGAUUGGAUCGGCUUAUGCACUACAAGUGUGUCUACUUCAGAUCCCGGCUCUGGUUUUAUUCAGUGCUAUUAACGGACAGUGGCUAGAAGGCUCGGAUCUCGUCGACAAGACGUUCACCCUCAUAUUCCCACAGUGGGAUAUGGUGACGGUCAUCCUCUGUGUGUUCUUACUGAGUUACAUGUACGGCGAAGGCAAGAGUAACUAUUUCAAAGGCUCCAUCCUUCUCCUCAGCUACCUCGUCGUUAUCGUCGGGUUCUACUUCUCGGGCAUGACGGAUCUCGAGGCUAUGGGCGCAAGCCGUUUCGAUAUCAUGGAAUCAGGAGGCAGUUUCAAAACCAUCGGGAGAGGCAAACCUGAUUUAUUACUCAGGAGUAUCAAUAUGGAUAGGAUAGUAGGAGUUCAGUUUGCCCAGCAAUGCCGACAUCGUUUUGGUGCUAUUAUCCACCGGAUCUACGAGUAUGGAUAUACUCGUACAGUACCGCAUAGCAUAUCAGGAAAGAUGCAUAUUUUACUUACUGGCGGAUCAGGCUUUAUCGCUGCCCACAUCCUCGAUAUCCUCCUCUCUCGCGGUCACACCGUCAUCACAACCGUUCGGUCCCAACAAAAAAUUGACACCAUCAAAGCUGCUCACCCAGACAUUCCCUCUUCCAAACUAGAUUUCUAUAUCGUGGAAGAUAUUGCUCAGGAAAAUGCCUUUGAUGAAUGUGUGAAGAGUUGUGGGAAGGGUUUAGAGGCCGUGUUGCAUACUGCUAGUCCGUUUCACUUCAAUGUAACCGACAUCAAAAAAGAUCUCCUGGACCCCGCCAUUAUCGGCACAACCUCCAUCCUGCACGCCAUCAAGAAAUUCGCCCCCUCCGUAAAACACGUCGUAGUAACCUCCUCCUUUGCCUCCAUCAUCGACGCCUCCAAAGGAAAUUGGCCCGAUCACACCUACUCGGAAGCAGACUGGAACCCCAUCACCCCCGAAGAAGCAGUCUUAAACCCCUCCAACGGAUACCGCGCCUCAAAAACCUUUGCCGAGAAAGCCGCGUGGGAUUUCGUGGAAAAGGAAAGCCCAAAUUUUACCCUGAGCACUAUGAAUCCCCCAUUGGUCCUCGGUCCCAUCGUGCAUUAUUUGAAUUCCUUGGAUGCGCUCAAUACGUCCAACCAACGUAUCCGCAAUCUCCUGCAAGGCAAAUGCAAAAGCGAGAUUCCGGACACGGGAACCUUUAUCUGGAUCGAUGUGCGCGAUCUAGCCCUCGCACAUAUCAAAAGCAUCGAGGUGCCCGAAGCAGCUCACAAGCGAUUCUUCAUCACCGAGGGCUAUUUUAGCAACAAGCAGAUUUGCGAGAUCAUCCGCACGCAUUUCCCAGAGUAUGAAGGGGAGUUGCCAGAGAAGGAUGUGCGCGGUGGUGGGUAUCCGGAGGGGGGUCUGUAUAAGUUUGAUAAUUCGAGGACGGUGGAUGUGUUGGGUGUGAAGUUUAGGGGGUUGGAGGAGAGUAUUGUGGAUACGGUGAGGAGUUUUAAGGAGGUGGGUGCUUGA